AUGGGGCUAAGAGUGGCCAGCCUCCUUUUCAUACUCUGGCUGGCUCUUUCCUAUGCUAGUGAAAUAAGAAAAGGAAGGACAAGAAACCACGGCCACUAUGUCUGCAGCACUUGGGGAAACGACCAUUUCAAAACCUUUGACGGAGACAUCUACCAGUUCCCUGGCGUUUGCGAGUAUAAUUUUGUUUCUGACUGCAGCGAUUCUUACGCAGAGUUCUCUGUCCACAUCCAGCGUGCUCUGAACAGCGAUAACCACCCUGAAAUCCAGUAUAUUCUGCUAAAAAUCAAGGAUGUCACGGUGUACCUCAAACCAAAACUGGUUGUGGUGGAUGGGCGGAUUGUGAAGACACCUUACUACAGCUCUGGUCUGCUCAUUGAGAGCAGUGACAUUUACACCAAAAUUUAUGCCAAAUUAGGCAUGGUUCUGAUGUGGAAUCAGCAGGAUGCACUGAUGGUGGAGCUGGACAACAAAUUUAAUAACCUAACCUGUGGUCUCUGUGGGGAUUACAAUGGAAUUCCAAUCUACAAUGAGUUUAUCAAGGGAGAUGCAAGCUACAAUUCAAUUACAUAUGGGAAUUUGCAGAAGAUCAGCAAACCCAAUGCCAAAUGUGAAGAUCCAGAUGAAACUCAGGCUCUUCCAAGCUGUAACGAGCAUCGUGACGAGUGUGAGAGGCUGCUGACUUCCUCUGCAUUUGCUGAUUGUCGGUUCCGUCUUAAUUUGGAAAUGUACAUCCAAGCCUGCAUGCAGGACAAGUGUGCCUGUAACGGCACUGAGGACUCCUUCUGCAUCUGCAGCACCAUCUCUGAGUAUUCUCGCCAGUGUUCGCACGCCGGUGGCCGGCCGGGUGAAUGGAGGACGCAGAACUUUUGCCCCAAGACCUGCCCUGAUACCAUGGUCUAUAGAGAAAGCAGCUCACCCUGCACGGAUACUUGCUCACACUUGGACAUCAGCAGCCUUUGUGAGGAACACUACAUGGAUGGUUGUUUCUGCCCUGAAGGAACUGUGUAUGAUGAUAUUACUGGAAAAGGCUGUGUACCUGUUAGCCAAUGCUACUGCAAACUCCUUGGAAAGCAGUAUGCACCUGGAGAAAACAUUUCCAAUGAAUGUGAAGAAUGCACCUGUAAUUCAGGCAGAUGGACGUGCAAAGAUUUACCUUGUCCAGGCACAUGUUCAGUGGAAGGAGGUUCCCAUAUUAGGACCUUUGAUGGGAAGAAAUACACCUUCCAUGGAGACUGUUACUAUGUAUUGGCCAAGGAUACUGCAAAUGACAGUUAUGCUCUCCUGGCAGAGCUGACUCCCUGUGGCUCCACAGACAGGCAGACCUGCUUGAAGACUGUUGUGCUGUUAGUGGAUAACAGAAAAAAUGUGGUGGUUUUCAGAUCCGAUGGCAGUGUGCUACUGAAUGAGAUGACAGUGAAUGUGCCUCAUGUGUCAGCCAGCUUCUCAAUAUUCCAGCCAUCUUCCAACUACCUUGUUGUACAAACACCUUUCGAGCUUCAGGUGCAGAUCCAGCUAGUUCCAGUCAUGCAACUGUUUGUGACUGUGGAUCAAUCAGCUGAAGGAAAAAUUCAAGGUCUUUGUGGAAACUUUAAUGGAAUGGAAGGUGAUGAUUUUAAAACAACCAGUGGGCUGGUAGAAGCUACAGGAUCUGCCUUUGCGAACACAUGGAAAGCUCAGUCCAUCUGUACAGACCAGGCAGAAAAGCUGGAAGACCCCUGCAGUCUCAGCAUUGAAAGUGCAAAUUAUGCUGAGCAUUGGUGUUCUUUGCUGAAAAACCCAGAAGGUCCUUUUGCAACAUGUCACUUAGUCAUUGAUCCUUCAGAAUACUAUAAGAAAUGUAAAUAUGACACAUGCCUCUGUGAAGAUAAUGAAGAAUGCUUGUGUGCUGCCCUGUCCUCUUAUUCGAGAGCCUGUGCUUUCAAAGGAAUCAUACUGGAAGGCUGGAGAGACAGUGUCUGCAGUAAUGAAGUGUCUGCCUGUCAAGGAAAUCAAGUCUUCCUUUACAACAUUACAAGGUGCCAGCAAACCUGCCGUUCCCUUGCUGAUAGUGAAAAGUAUUGCUUGCAAGACUUUGCUCCUGUGGAUGGCUGUGGCUGCCCAUCUGAUACAUACCUGGAUACACAGGAUAACUGUGUGCCCGUCUCUGAGUGCCCAUGUUAUUACAAGGGAUCAUACCUGGAACCUGGGGAAUAUUUUACAAAAGAUGGAGACCGCUGUGUUUGCCGAAAUGCAAAGGUCCAGUGUACCUCAGUGAGAAUAAGAAUGAAAAGUGUAGAAGAAUGUUCUUCUAACAAGACUUUCUUUGACUGCGAUGCAUCCUCAAAAUGGACUUCACAAACACCUGUACAACUUAGCUGUCAUACCUCUCAAACAAAUCAUUUCCAGGCAGAGUGUGUCUCAGGCUGUGUGUGUCCUGAAGGUCUAUAUGAUGAUGGCAGAGGAGGCUGUGUUGAGGAGGAGGACUGCCCAUGCAUUCAUAACAACGAGUGGUAUUCUUCUGGACAGAAGAUAACAGUGGACUGCAACACCUGUACCUGCCAAAAAGGGGUUUGGAGCUGCACUGCCAAUGAGUGCUAUGGGACUUGUAUGAUAUAUGGAAGUGGCCAUUAUAUCACUUUUGAUGGAAAAUUCUAUGACUUUGAUGGGAAUUGUGAAUAUGUGGCUAUUCAGGAUUUUUGUGGUGACAAAAAUUCCAGCGGCUCAUUCAGCAUCAUCACAGAGAAUGUCCCUUGUGGAACUACAGGAGUCACCUGCUCAAAAGCUAUCAAAAUGUUUCUAGGGAAAACUGAACUGAAAUUGGAGAACAAAGAGUACAAAGAAAUUCAGCGAGAUGUUGGUGAUGAUGUGCUUUAUUGGAACAGGACAGUAGGCCUCUACCUCGUUAUUGAGGCUAGCAAUGGUGUGAUGCUUAUCUGGGAUAAGAAGACUACUGUUUUCAUCAAGCUGAGCCCCGAUUACAAAGGCAAAGUGUGUGGUCUGUGUGGCAACUUCGAUGACAAGUCAAACAAUGACUUUAUAACAAGGAGCGGACUGCAGGAGACCAGUGCUCUGAAGUUUGGGAAUUCCUGGAAACAGUCUCCCAUGUGCCCAGAUGUCACACAAGAGAUUAAGCCUUGUGAUUUGAAACCACAUCGGAAGUCCUGGGCAGAGAAAGAAUGCAGCAUCAUCCUGAGCGAAGUCUUCAAAAUUUGUCACUCCAAGGUGGACCCAGUUCCUUUCUAUGACGCUUGUGUUCAUGAUGCCUGCUCUUGUGACAGCGGUGGAGAUUGUGAGUGCUUCUGCUCUGCAGUUGCUGCUUAUGCCCAAGAAUGUACCAAGGUUGAGGCCUGUGUUUUCUGGAGAACUCCUGAUAUAUGCCCAAUAUUUUGUGACUACUACAACCCUCGUGAUGAGUGUGAGUGGCACUAUGAACCUUGUGGCAGUAACAUCACAACCUGCAGGAUGAUUAAUAAUGUCAGCACCAACUUUACAGUACCAUACCUGGAAGGCUGCUACCCCAGAUGUCCUAAGGACAAGCCUAUUUAUAAUGAAGAGACAAAUGAAUGUGUGCCUGAAGAUCAGUGCUGGUGUUACAUCGAUGGAAUUCAAGUUCCCCCUGGGCAUGAAAUACCCACAGAAGAAAACUGUACAAUAUGUGUCUGUGGCCCCUCAGGAUCCAUACAAUGUAAACCAGUUCCAGGGUGUCCUUGUGUCAUCAAUGGAACGAGUUAUCAAGUGGGUCAGACUGUGGCACAAGUACAGGAUGGUGACAUAUGUAUAACAUACAUUUGUGCAGAAAAUGGUUCUGUGGUUCCAGAUAAAAUCUACCCUUGUCCAACAUCUUCUUCACCUACAGUCCUUUCAACCUCAUUUCCUACCAGUACUCUUACCACCACAGUUACCACUACAAGCCAUCCAGUGACUACAACUCCAUGCUUUGGAUUAAUCUGUGAUUGGACUGAGUGGUUUGAUGUUAGUAAUCCUGAAGAAGAUGGUGGUGACUAUGAAACAUACGAUGAAAUAAGAAAACAUGGAUACAAAAUAUGUGAAGCUCCUGAAAAAAUUGAAUGCAGGGCAGAGGAUAAACCUGAUGUGAGCUUAGAGGAACUUGGUCAGAAAGUGCAGUGUGAUGUUUCGUAUGGACUAAUAUGUAAAAAUGAGGAGCAAGAUGUAACUAUGUGGCAACUUUGCUACAAUUAUGAAAUCAGGGUAAACUGUUGUGAGUGGCAAGAAAUUCCCUGUGAGAUUACACCUACACCUAGUACACCACAAACUGCAACUUCAACCACCACCAAGACAACAGUACCUCUCACCACUACAUCCAGGAUUCCCACAGAAAUUACCACCUCGCCCACACACAUCGCUUCAACCACAAGUUCAUCGACACCGAGCACGGCAUCCCCUUCAACAAAAUCAACAACCACUCCCACUGCAAGACCAGAGGAGACUUCCACCAGCACUGCCAGCACCACGGUGCCCCCCAUCAGCACCACCAGCAGCAGCACCCCGGGGACA